AUGGAUAACAAUAUGCUAAGAGAUGAAGAUUGCCCACUCCCAUAUAUUGAUUUCAACAAAUUCUGUAGAUACCAGUCGGACAUGCUUCUGAAGGAAACUGACCUGUUUUUCAAUAACCACAACCUGCGUCUGAAGAAGUACAUUCUGCCAGUUAAACUACCGGACUGGGCUAAAUCAUUCUCUGACGUUUUGGAUACAGGCGAAGAAUACGAACCGUUAACAACCAUUUAUAGGCAUAAGCACUUUCUUAAGUGUCGAAUUCUUCACAAUUAUUCUUAUAUAGAAACUAGGUGGAAUAGAAGCAACGAUCCUAGAAAUAAGAACAUACCAUUUGAUUUAAGGCCAUUAACAACUGAAAUAUUGAAUCAGCUUGACAUUAUAGAUGAGGAUAUCCUAGACCCUGAAUUUUCAGGCCUUUUGAUAACUCUGAAUACGUACCCAUACUACAACGAGGAUAAAACGUCAUCUGGGGAAGCACAGGAAAAUGAAAAACAACCAAAUAAUAUUAAUGGUGUUGAAAAGGUAAAUGGAGUAAAGAAAAAUGGACCAGUAUGCGAAAAGAAGCAGAAAUAUAGCAAGAUAAUAUGCGGAGCACUGGUGGAAUGUCUGAUAACCAACGAAAGAUGUAUCAAGUCAAUGUGGUUUCACCCAAACCUAAGUAAGCACUCAUCAAGGUUGGUUCUCCAAAAUUUCUUGCCCAGAUUAAUGUACGAAGUAUUUCAGCUACCAUCAGUCAUUGACGAAAGUGGCAAAGUUAGCAAGUUCAACAAGUUCACAUAUAUCAUGCACAACGAUUUGGAUCUUUUCCCAAGGCAGUGCUGGUUGCUCUUCGCAAGCAUCAAAAAAAUGUCGCUCCCGAGACAUUACGAACCGAGCACAUUCGAAGACCACCCAGUCUCACUAGUUUAUGGAGAAUGCCACACUGAUGAAGUGGGUUAUUUAAAGUUGAGAAACGAGGAGGAAAAUUUCGACGAUAACGUCACUGAAACAAACAGCCCAGUUUCUGAAGACGAUGAUAUGACCUUUAACAAGAAUAAACUAAUUCACCUAGAUGAUUAUAACAUUGAUCUACUUAACGUUCAAUUGAAUCAUUCCACAAUGGAUCCGCCUACUGUUAUUGAUAACAGCUCCAAAUCUGUCGAAAUGGUAAAUAGUGCUGUUGGUAGUAUUAAACACAAUGAUAAAUCCACGGUGAGUGAACGCAUGGAUUUUGGUAGCACUAGAAAAAGUAUUCAAGAAACUGAUGGUAAGACGAUUAACUGUGUUUCAAAUACUAGUAACAAUGUUGAUACUAAUAAUAACAACCCCAACAACAAUUCGACCGUCAAUCCUAACUUAAACGGAAAUGCUGUGAAUAUGAACAAGGUCAAUAGUUCAAUAGUUGAUAAUAAAAGUAAAAGGAACGUAAAGACUGUUUCGGGUAUGAAUUAUGAAGUUUCAGAUAACACAAAGAAUAGGCUGAUAAAACUCUUAAACAGCAACGCUAGGAUCAAUAACCUCUACAAACUUUUUAUCAGCGUUGGUAGCGUUAACAGCACACGGAACGUAUCCUGUACUUGUAGACGUGAAAAACUCAAGAAAAACGUGGAUGAUCAGGCCUGGUUGGACCGUUUGGUAGGAUGUUCUGAAAAUUAUAUGUACUUAAUGUUGCCAAAAAGAGUCGAGAGACCAAGAUUGGGACUAUUAAACCGUGAUGGUUGGAGAGAUUUACUAAUAACAUAUGUCGACAAUGUAUUGCUUCAUGAUCUGAAUAAAUUGUUACCGGAUUAUCUACAAACUGAUGAUACCUUGAAUACUAACAUAAACUACAACAACAAUACGGAAGAGUGGUGCCAGCUGAAAAGAGAAGAUUUAAUUGAUGUAACAAGCGAUACCGAAGUUUAUAUGAGACUACCGGACAAUUACAACAAUUAA